UAUCCUGCAAAUAUACAUGUUUUAGCCAAAGCAAUUAUGGUUGAUUAAACCGGGUGGAGAUCGAAAUAAGUAAAUAUGGACCAGACAACAGUUAUUGACUCAGAUGAAACGUCACCGUUGAUAAAAUAUGAAAUAGAUGGUGGACAAAACAAGCCGGAAGUGCCAGACUUGCAGGUGCCCGAAUGGAAAACAUCUUCCGUUGCCUUUCAGACGUCAAGUCCGGAACAACUGCGCGUGACAAGACGUCAUUGGCUUGUGUGGCCGGUUGCAUUUCUCUUUACGAGUGCGUAUGCCAUUAUGCAUUUCACGUUUUCUCAGUACAAAUACAUUAAACUUCAGAAUGAAAACUUUCCAGGAAUAAAAGUAAAUACAACAACGUCAUACUGUGAAGUAAAUGAAAGUUCCACUAACUUCGAGAUUCAACAGGAUGUACAAAAGAAGACUGCAACAUGGGGGAUUUACUUCUAUCUUGCUGGAGGUCUCACCUCCAUUGUAGCAAACUUAGUAUUGGGUACAUUUACUGAUCGUUUCGGGAGAAAGUUUUUAUUUAUAAUACCAUUUUUUGGAACAAUGAUUCGUGCAGCCUACACAAUAGUUGGAAUAUGGUACAAUUUUCCGCUGUGGUUGUAUGUGCCUGGUUACUUUAUCGAAGGGUGCACAGGACAAAUUUUCACUAUGAUACAAAUAUCGUAUAUAUAUGUUUCUGACAUGACCACUCCGGGUAAACAGCGCUCCCUUGGAAUAGUCAUUGUGGAACUGGCGUUCGGACUAGGGGGCACAUUUUCGCCUCUUGUCGCCGGCUACAUUCUGAAGGCUACGGACUCUUUUUUACUUCCGUUUUAUAUAUCGUUAGGGAUUCUAGGAUUUACGUUCCUUCUUGUGAUAGCAUUACCGGAAACAUAUACAAAUGAGAUUCGAUCCAAGCGAACCUAUACUUCAAGACUAGAGAACAUAAAAGAUUCAUAUAGCCUCUUUGUAAGCAAAGAGAACACUGGCAAACGCUGGAUGUAUAUCAUCACAUUGGCUGUUUUCUCUCUGACAACGUAUGACGUGUUUGGAAGAGUAACAGUUGAAGGCCUGUACCUUCUGAACUACCCGUUCUGCUGGGACCCAAGCGAGCUUGGUGCGUUCACCGCGUUACGGUCCGGAUGCCAGCAAAUCAUAGGGAUGGCCAUGAUCAAAGUCCUCCACCUCUGUCUCAACGACGAGCUUAUUGCCGUCGUCGGCUGUCUCUCGUAUGGAGCUUCCUUUGUGCUCGAGGGAUUUGCCACAAAUGAUCUCAUGAUGUACCUUGUGGCGGUGAUUGGUGUGUGGGGGCUACUUACCGCCCCGAUGAUCCGCUCCAUCAUGUCUCAGAUGACCUCCCCGCAUAAGCAAGGAGCAGUAUACGGAGCCAUCGCCGCAGCGGAGACAGCCGUCAACCUGUUGAGUGCCGUGUCUUCACAGACCGUUUACAUUGCCACUGUCGAGGUCAUGCGGGGAUUCAUUUUCCUCGUCUACGCAGCCUUUAAUGUCAUCAGCCUGGUCCUCAUGAUAGUCUUUGUGAUCGGGAGCCGGGGUUCGAAAUUUAAGUACCACAAAUCGAGCGACUGAUCUUCGACGAACCCGAAACACGUAUAGUUUCUAAAAAGCCAUCGGUUGUCAUAGGAGUGGAGAUUGUUCACAGUUGACAUUCUAAAACCAUGACAGUCACGUUUUUUAUUUGUAAUUGUCCUGUAAAAAAUAUUUAAAACAUCGGUGUAUAUUUCAUUAAGUACGGAACACCGUCGUAUCUUAGCAUUUUGUACGAUCGACCUAGACACUUAUGCCUUUCAAAAGGAACAUAUUAAAUUGUUGGCUACUGGACAUGUCCAGUUCGAUCGUGUGCGGUUCCAUAUGAUGAUUUGAAGUUCUUAAAUUACGGAAAUACUGUAACUGUGUGAAGUUAAGUAUCCAUAAACUACGUAUUAUCCCAAGUUAUCGGGACUAAAAAAUCGAGAUAACAUAGUUCGACAUAACGGCUUUCGAUUGUAUGUGCUGUGGUAAUUAUAUGAGAGAGCCAUACUUUACUUAUUUAAAUUGAAUUAAAACUAUACUUACUUUAAGUAUGAAGAUGACAUUUAAGCAAAAAUCUACAUUUCCAGAUUUUUGUAUCUAAGUUAUUAUUUGCCACACUUGAUUUCGUCAAUAAAAAGUGUUAUACACUAUCUUACACAUUAAAAUAGCAAUAAGGAGGCAAGUUUAUUACUAUUUCAGAAUCAAAUGUAUCAACAUUGUACAGCCUAGGAAUUCA